AUGGAUCUGAACAACAUAAAUAAUAUUCUCUUGCAUAAUAAUGAGAAUGUUCUGAGCCGAAGGAAGAGCACUGGGAAGAAGAAGCGCCAGAAGAAGAGGAACAAAAAGAAGAGGAAAAGGAGCAGCAGCAGCAGCUCGGGCUCGGGAUCGGGCUCGGGCUCGGGCUCGAGCUGCUCGUCGGAGAGCGAAUACGAUACGAACGGGGGAACGGUGCUGGCGAUCGCAGGGGAGGAGUUCGUGGUGGUCGCCUCGGAUACACGGAUUUGCAGUGGGCUGAGCAUCGAGACGCGCGACCAGUGCAAAGUGUUCCCGAUGACCCCGCUGGCGAUGGUGGCAUCCACGGGACUGUGGUGCGACACCAUCUCGUUGACCAGCCUGCUGCAGAUACGCAUCCAGAUGUACGAGCAGGAGCACAACAAGCCCAUCUCGACCGAUGCCCUGGCCCAGAUGAUCUCCUGUGUGAUGUACAACCGGCGCUUCUUCCCCUACCACACCUGCACGAUCCUGGCCGGCAUUGACUCGGCGGGCAAGGGCGCCGUCUACUACUACGAUCCGGUGGGCCACAUGGAGCGCUGUCGCUACCGUGUGCUCGGCAGCUCCGGCAAAAUGCUGCUGCCCGCCUUGGACCACGGCCUCGGCUGGGAGCACCACACCCUCCUGCCGCCCGACCAGUAUCCCCCUCUCGACAAAGAGCGUGCCCUGGCGCUGGCUCGCAACUGUCUGCGCGUGGCCUCCGACCGGGAUCUCUUCACCGGCGACACGGGCGUCCUCAAGGUCAUCACCAAGGACAGCAUCGAGACCGAAAUGAUAACCUUGCGCAAGGAUUAG